AUGUCGUCAGACCCCGAAUUCGACGGCGUGUCACCGCUGACCGAAGCUAAGAAGUCGCGGGUGCUCAUGGUCGGCGCUGGGGGCAUCGGAUGCGAAUUACUCAAGAACCUCGUCUUGACCGGCUUUGGAGAGACGCACAUCGUCGACCUCGACACAAUCGACCUUAGCAACCUGAAUCGACAGUUUCUCUUUCGACAGGAACACAUCAAGAAGUCGAAAGCGCUGGUCGCCACAGAGGCUGCGCAAAAGUUCAACCCGAACGUCAAGAUCGUCCCAUAUCAUGCGAACAUCAAGGACCCUCAGUUCAACAUUGAGUGGUUUAGCAGCUUUAGGAUAGUUUUCAACGCCCUCGACAACUUGGAGGCCCGACGACAUGUGAACAAGAUGUGCUUGGCGGCCGAUGUGCCACUGAUUGAGAGCGGCACCACCGGGUUCAAUGGCCAGGUUCAGGUCAUCAAGAAGGGCGUGACGGCCUGCUAUGACUGCACAGCCAAGGAAACACCGAAAUCGUUCCCAGUUUGCACGAUUCGCAGCACACCGAGCCAGCCGAUCCACUGCAUCGUCUGGGGUAAGAGCUACCUCCUAAACGAAAUCUUUGGCACAAGCGAGGACGAGUCCGCCUUCGAUCACACCACCGAUGCUGAUAAUGCGAAGGAGAUUGAAGAGCUGAAGAGGGAGUCGGAGGCACUGCGGGGUAUUCGACAGUCAGUCGGCACACCAGAGUUCAGCGAGGCUCUCUUCCAGAAAGUGUUCAACACCGAUAUUGUCCGGUUGAGGUCGAUGGAAGACAUGUGGAAGAGCAGGAAGCCACCCGAGCCACUCGACUACAAGGUCCUGAUGGAGAAGGCGUCUACCCUUGACAAGGAAGCCGUGGUCGAAGACCAACAAAAGGUUUGGACGCUGGAAGAGAAUUUGAUCGUCUUUAACGACAGUCUCGAUCGGCUCAGUAAGCGCGUAAUGGAAAGCAAAGCUGCCGGCCAAGAUGCUGUCAUCACUUUCGACAAGGACGACGAGGACACCCUCGACUUUGUCGCUGCCAGUGCCAAUAUUCGAUCGACACUCUUCGGCAUCGACCGGAAAUCAAAGUUCGACAUCAAGCAAAUGGCAGGUAAUAUUAUUCCUGCCAUCGCCACCACCAAUGCCAUUGUGGCUGGCCUCUGUGUUUUGGAGGCGUUCAAAGUCCUCAAGGGCCAGUACAGCCAGGCGAAGGAAAUCUUCCUCACUCCUUUUGCUACCCAAAGACUGCUCGGAUCCGACAAGUCGCGAGAGCCAAAUCCCGCCUGCCCGGUCUGCAGCUCGUUCCAGAUACGGUCGCUGGUAGACUUUUCCAAGGCUACGCUCAAUGACUUUGUGGAGGACUUUGUCAAAGAGGAGCUUGGCUAUGGGGAGAAGGAGUUUGCUAUCAGCACGGAGGUGGGAAUCAUCUAUGAUCCUGAUGAAACGGAUAAUUUGGAGAAGAAGUUGUCCGAGCUUGGCAUCAAAUCUGACUCCUUCCUGACCAUUACCGACGAGGAUGACGAGCUCGUCAAUGUGGUUGUCGCCCUUUCAGAAUCGAAAGAGCCCCUCGAGGAUAAACCCGUCAAGGGGAUUUUCUCCUCUGAGAAGAAGAUCGAGAUCCCAGCCAAGCCUAAGCAGCCGGCUACGGAAACCAACGGCGCUGCCAGCGAUAGUCCCCCGCUUGUGGUUUCCCUCACGAAACCUACUGACGGUGUCACGCCCGCUAAGCGCUCUCACCCCGAUAGUGAAGAGGGGAUUGCGAAGAAGGUCAAGACGAUCGCUGCUGGUGCUGAUGAGGAAGGCGAUAUCGUCAUAGUGGACGAUGCGCCUUUGGACGCUGGUGGUAGUAGUAGUGGGGGGGCGAUUGCGCUGAGUCCACCAUCGAGGUUGAGAAUGCAGUUAUUAGCGUACUGGUUUUUGGCGAGGAAGGAGGCGGCAUCGGCGACUUCGUCUGGGGUGCCGAAGCGUUGGAGGGGGAUGAGGUUUUGUAAUUUGUCGAUGUUGGUCAUAUCUGGGGGAUUUGCGAAAAGUCAGUGA